CUAUAUUUUUUUAAAUUCUUUGUUUGUUUUUUCUCGACAGUUGUUGCGGCAGAUCAGAAGAAAUGUUUAAAUUGCCCUUUUGUUCGGUCGAGGGUCAAAGUGCAUGAGAUGGAGUGGGAGAGACUCAGGCAAGUCCAAACGUCAUGUUGACACUUGCGUCAGGACAGAUAAGAUUGGCUCCGACCGUGGUUGUUCAAAUGAUUCAUAAUUGUUGGAGUGGUUGAUAAUCGUCCGAUUACGCCGAAAUGUGCGAGGAGAGAAGAGCAGGGAGGAAAGGUCACAUAAUCACGACACAAUAACGAGUGUAGUUGUCAUCGUCGUCGUCGUAGUAGUAUUAAGUAUAAACAAAAGAAUAAUAAUUAUUGUAUUAUGGCACAGUGGUAAAUUGAUUGAUUAGUUGCGAGGAGAGGGUACGAUGGAUGGUAAAGUGGACUUGAAGACUUGCGGUGUGUGCGGCGAUAAGGCGCUCGGAUACAACUUCAAUGCUGUGACCUGUGAGAGCUGCAAGGCGUUCUUCCGCAGGAACGCCUUGGCAAACAAAAACUUCAAGUGUCCUUUCAACUCGAAAUGUGAGGUGACUACAGUGACGCGUAGGUUCUGCCAGAGGUGCAGAUUGGAGAAGUGCUUUGCCAUUGGGAUGAGGAAGGAUUACAUUAUGAGUGAUGAGGAUAAAGAACUGAAGAGGCAAAAGGUGGAGCAGAACAAGGCGAUCAAAAGAGGCACGAGCGGCGGUUUUAAGCAAAGCUUCAAACGGAUGAGGAGGGAUGAUGGUGGCGACGAAGAUGCCAUCAAUUACAGCACGCAACCGAAGGUGGACGAUUGCAGUGAUUAUUCGUCGCCGGAGACGUCACCCGACGACUCGAUGAUCCGAAACAUACUCAGCCCAAAGCAAUUCGACGAGAACAACCCUCUGCUGAAUUACAUUUCUAUCAACAAUAACGAGCAGAAUUGCAAUAACAACGCGACGUCUAGGAAACAGGUGGCGACGGAUUCGACGAAGGACAUAUUGGAGGAAGUGCAAAGGAUACCGAUAGAAGCGAAUUCGAUAGAGUCGAUCCUGUGCGAGGCAAUAAAACUGGAAUACGAGGCGUACUCGUCACUCGCUCAGAGUCACAGCAGUUCGAGGGAACUGAACGACGCGGAAAGAGCGAAACUGAACGAGUUGAUCGUUGCGAAUAAGGCACUCCUGACACCAGUCGACGAUGAUCUUUCCAAUAUGAUUGCCGAGGAUUGCGGACUGAAGAUGCUGCAAUCGAAAUCGGAGCAGGCGUUGCUCUCCGAUCCUGCCCUAGUCGAUGUGAUCAAUCUGACUGCAGUCGCGAUACGGAGGUUGAUCAAAAUGGCAAAGAAGAUCAACGCUUUUAAGAACAUGUGCCAGGAGGAUCAGGUGGCUCUGCUGAAAGGUGGAUGCACGGAGAUGAUGAUACUGCGGAGCGCCAUGAACUACGACUCCAGCAAACAGACCUGGCGGAUACCGCACAUCAAGGAGAGUUUAAGCAGCGUCAAAGCGGACGUCCUCAAGCAGGCCAAAGGAAACAUAUACCAGGAACACGAACGAUUUAUAAGGACGUUCGACCCGAGGUGGCGGUCGGACGAGAACAUCGUGCUCAUCCUCUGCGCCAUCACUCUCUUCACCCCGGAUCGACCCAGAGUCAUACAUCAGGACGUAAUCAAAUUGGAACAGAAUUCGUACUACUAUUUGCUGCGGCGAUACCUGGAGAGCGUGUAUCCGGGAUGCGAAGCAAAAUCGACGUUCCUGAAGCUCAUCCAGAAGAUAUCGGAACUACACAAAGUUAACGAGGAGGUUAUAAACUGUUACCUGGGCGUGAACCCGUCUGAGGUGGAGCCUCUGCUCAUAGAAAUCUUCGAUCUCAAACACUGACGAUGGAUGGAUGGAUGGGAUGGAGGAGCGGGCGAAGUCUUUUGUUAUAUGUAGGUAUACUCCUUCUUCAUCGUGUUCGUUACGUAUCGUAAAAGUAGCUCUGGCCGCGAGGACGUUUGCGCACACCGUUGUUGUCC